UCGGUUACGUUCGGUUCGGUUAGAGAUUUUUUCGGUUACGGUCGGUUCGGUUGGAGAUUUUUUAAAAAAUCGGUCGGUUACGUUCGGUUCGGUUGGGAAGAAUUGAUAAUUUUUUCAAAUUUAGUUCAGGAGAUUUUUUUUCGGUGAGAUAUAUCAAGAAAAAAAGAGGGUGAUUGCACAACAAUUAGAUGUCGCUCGUAACUCAGAUAUUAUUACGCAUUUUUUUUGAUUGGUUGCAAGACGUAAACAAGUCAUAAUGCAGUGUGAUGAUUCAAUGAAUAAUCUUUUUUUUCUUUGUUUUCUCUAGAUGUUCAUUAUUCGUUGUUGUUGUAUUCAGUUUGUUUUGUUGUUGUUCGCAUUCAAGUGUUGUUGCUAGUAUUCAAUUUUGGUGCUAAUAUUAAACUUUUUGUUGGUGGUACUCAGGUAUUUGUUUCUAAUAUUCAAUUUGUUGAAAAUAUUCAUUCGAAUAUUAUGGAUGAUUGUGAAUGUUUGUUAUUGGAUUCAAAUAAUCAACCUUCUUCUUGUACACAACCCAGUAAUUCUUCUAUUUCUAUAUCAACUGAUUCAUCAAUUGAACAUUAUACAAAAGGAUCAAUAAUGCUUGCUUUAAUAAUUCUACAAUAUCGAAUAAAAAAAAUUAAUGUAUGCUUAUUGAAUAAAUUGAUUGAUUUUCUUAAACCCUGGGAAUAUGUUAUAAAACGAAUUCAAUCAUCAAAAACACCAUCAAUACAUAUAGUUGCUCCUAGUAUUUGUAUUAUUAGUUCUUCACUGGAAACUAAAUCUGGUGAUUCAAAACAAGAUAAAGGCUGUUCUAAAUUACCAACAACUCGAAAAGAUUCUCAAUUGUCCAUAAAUCAUCCAAUUAAAUCUAUAAAUGACUUUUAUUCAAAUGCAGAAGAUAAUGAUGAAGAUGAUAUAGAUCAACAGUCUGCUUUACGAUCCUCUUCACAUGCAUUAGAAAUCGAGUUGUAUACUAAACAAGGAUGA